UUAUAUAAUACAAUAAUAACAUAAAUUAAAAUUUACUACUAUCUAUGAAUAUCUACAGUAUUUUGUCUUUGUGUAAAGAUUGAAACUUAACUAGUUCAAUAUUGUCCUUCAAUUGUCCUUAGUAUUCUUAAACCUUUUCCCUUUUUAUGACUGUUAUGUUAUUUAGUUUAUUCAGAAUGUGGAUAUUAAUACACUUAAUUGAUGAUGGAGAAAAAGUGCCAGACGUCAUUCCGAACACAUGGGCAAUUGAUCAAUCAAUCUGCUGGUAUCCAAAAAACUUAAAAUCAAAUGUUAUAAAUUCCUUAGCUCGGAAGCAAAGUAUGCCAGACCAUAGUAGUGAUGACUGGGAAUAUUGUUCUAUGCAAAUUAUAGAGACCAAUAUAAGUGAUUUUCAAAUUGGUCUUAAAAUGAUGGUGAAGUUGGCUAAAAACGCUCAAAAUUUACAUUCCGAUUAUGAGCAGCGGGGACGAGGAAAAAGAACCAAGUGUUUGUCAUCAAAGCGUUUAUUCGAUAACUUAGAUAGUGAUUGUUCUGUUGAUGAAGAUUUCGAAGCAUUAUUAAAUAGUAAUAAAAAAAAGUCAAAGACACACAACUUAUCCGUAUCAUUUCCUGAUUUCCCUUCAAUCGUAAAAGAUAAUACUAGUGAUGACACUCGUCCAAGCACUUCUAAUUGUACACCAGCAAGUAAAAUUAUAUCGUCAAGUCAUGAUAAUAUGUAUAACAAUGAUGAAACUUCAAUAGCAUCUACUCCAACAUAUUCUACAAGCAAUAUAUCUACAUCAAAUGCUUAUCAAUGUAAAAUAGCAAAGAAAUCACAUUCUUGUACUUUUCAGAAUGGUAUUGUUAAUGACCAAGAAACCCUGCUAUUUGCUAUGGCCCAUCAAUUAUGUAAAUUAUCUGCCGAAAAUAAGAAAAUAACUUCAAACAUGUUUUACAUUAAACAAGAAUUAAAUUCAUUUAUUGAGAAUAAAAAAUCGAGCCAUUGCGAAGAGCAUGAGCCAACUAGUUCCAGUGCAAUUAAUGAAAAUGUACUUUCACCAUUCCCCUUGAAAAAUGAAGAUGAACUUAUGUUAAUUGAAUCAAAAUUAUUGUCUGAAGAUUUAUCAUUCACUAAUAAAUUGGUAACUUCAUUUGUAUUUGCCUCGGAAGGAAAAUCAAUACAAAAAGUCACAACGAAUAUGCUGAAAACCAUAUUUUCUUAUGAGCUAGCUUCCGAAUAUAGUUGGAAAGGCCAGAAAAACAAAAAAAAAUUACAUACUUUGAACAUUUUUAAAGUUAUUAUAGAUGCAGUCUGCAUGAAGUUUCCCAAAGAAAUUAGUGUUAAAUGUACUGUUAUUCAAUCAAUUCAAACAUGGUUUGCAAGAGCGCCCUAUCAGUAAGUGUUUUUAUAUUAUCAUUAUAAUAUAUACAGUAGUAAAGCCUCCAUGAAAAGACACACUCUAAAACGGAAACUAUAUUAUAAUAGAAAAUAUCUAUGACACUCUAUAUAUACAUAUUACAUAUUAUAUUUAAAUGAUUCCUUACACUAUUAUGAUAUCACGUUAAUCUAUGACCAUUGACCAACUAUAUAAACUGAACAAGGGAUAUAUAUAUGAACAAU